AUGGGUUCUAAGUUUACAGCCAUGUUUUUCAUCUUUUUGAUUUUCAUGUUAGUAUCGUUGCCACCAAUUUAUGCUUGUGCUCCUUGUACACAGCCACAUCCACCGCCAUACAACCGCCCAACCAACCCCACUCACCCUAAAGUUCCCCGCCCAAACCCGCCUAGCACUAAGCACCCACCACGCCAUGGAGGUGCCCCAAAGGUAGAGCCACCAUCCAAAAAGCCACCAAUAAUGCCACCAGUUAUUGUUCCACCAAUUAUCAUUACCCCACCAAUAACAAAUCCUCCCGUGAUAUCUCCUCCCAUUACCAACCCUCCUGUUACAAUCCCACCACCUUCUUCUCCAUACCCACCUUACAGCGGAGGCCCACCUUCCGGGGGUGGGGGUGGUGGCGGUGGCGCUACCCAACCAACUUGCCCGGUUAAUGCACUUAAGCUUGGACUCUGCGUGGAUGUGCUUGGAGGAUUGGUGCACAUUGGGUUAGGAAACCCUGUUGAGAAUGCUUGCUGCCCAGUGUUAGGAGGUUUACUAGAGCUUGAAGCAGCCGUUUGUCUCUGCACUGCUAUAAGGCUUAAGCUCCUAAACCUUAAUAUAUUCAUUCCCCUUGCUCUUCAAGUUUUAAUAACAUGCGGAAAAAACCCUCCUCCGGGUUUCGUCUGUCCUCCUCUUUAAGUGCACUGCACAUUCAUUAUUAACAAGGCGACGAUUCUUCACUUUCUCUGGACGUACAAGAUAGUCAGAUAGAGCUCAGCUUCUAGGCGGGGUUGCCACCUCGGCCUCCCAUGCUAACUGUUUCUUUAACUACCAAAAAAAUUGAUAAAACCUGAAAAUAAUGUGUUCUUUUCCAUGCAUGAUUAAGUUUGAAUUAAGGUCGUUUUCUGCUAGGAUUUGAUUAUUGUUGUAUUUUCACUUGAUUAGAGUUUGUUUUUCUUUAAUCUUCGGGGUAUAACAACUUCCAGUUGCAUUUC